AUGGCUUUCCGGGUCGAGGAACCGUGGCAGACUCUACAAGAAAUCUACGCACCAACAUUCAACUGGUCCAGAGUGAAACAUGGGCGGGAAGGGGAAGAGGAAGAGCAGGCACAUGAUCUCUCGGGAGGGUCUGCUUCUGGAUCAUGGUUUCUUGAAUCAUCAUCUUCUGAAUCAUCAGCUUCUGGAUCGUCUUCGUCUCCUGCAAGACAAUCUCCCGUAGAACAGUCAGCUCCAGACCAAACUCCGUUAGACCAAGGUCCCGUCGCAGAGUCCUUCUGGCCGAACCUGGUGCCCCAUAUCCGGCAGGGGAAGCCAGUCAAAGGCUCGUGCUACAUUUGUCUGGAUGACCUCAGCGUCGCGGGCCUCGCCGAGCCUCCGCUCGACGAGGGAGAGUCGUCACGGCAAACGUGCCAUUACACGCCCUGUGGGCACAUCUUCUGCCGGCCGUGCUUCACGCACGCCAUCCAGGAGCAGCGCAGGCGCAAUCCCUCGCAGCCCGAGUCGUGCCCGACGUGCCGGCUGGAGCUCUCGUGUCGGCAGUGCGGCAAGAUGUGCAACAUGUUCGCGGCACAAGUCCCGAGCAGCCCCACGCCCAGCGCUCGUAACCACCUCGUCCCGGUAUCCGAUGGCCCCGCCGUCGCUGCCGCACCCGCCAUGAGGCCGACGAUCCCCGAGGGCGCCCCGUACAAGCUCGAGUGCAGGCGGUGCGAGGCGCGCAGGAGCUGGAGGGCCCGGCUGGACCGCGGGCGGUGGCCGGAGGCGGCCAAGGAGAUCGAGCCCGGGUUCGUGACGCUGCUGUACUACAUCAUGGACGGGCUGGAGGGCGAGCGGCGGAAGUGCGACCGUGAAGCCAUCGCCAAGGUGUUUUUGAAGAUUCUCGACGACGAGUUUGACGACCUGCACCGGGAUCGGGAGGACUAUAUCCAGAGCAAAAUGCAGCGGCGGCGGGAGCAGGGCGACAAUCCCUGGUUCUAA